AUGCAAGACCCCGGCAAGCCGGAAGCCCAUUUCGCUUUUGAGUUGCUUUCUGGCUUCAUGGAUGCGCUCUGGCAGACGGCGAAGCUGAAAUACAAUGCAGAAGCCGAGAACUGGUCUGUGGAGUCCGACGGCCAUGAUAAAGAGGUUGAUGUAGAUGGGAUCGUUGACAUUCUUGUGGGUACUGGGCUGGUGGAUAACGAGAAAGAUGCCCAGGUUUUGGUCUAUUCCUCGCUUGCCCGAUGCACAGUAUGGAAAGACCCACCAGAAAGAGAUGGGUCUACUUCCACGGCCCAUCAGCAUUCCGAUCCGCCCCUAUCUGCGGGCUUCACUACUCAUAACGAGAUCCCACGAAGGAGUCAAUCGAGACCCACCACCGCUGGAACAGCGCAAGCGGAUGAGAAUUUGCAAGACGACGCUGCAACCCCCAGCAAUCCCGAACACCGACCCACUCCCGCACCAAUCAUACCGAUAUCCAACGUAUUCGAACCCACACAAGCAGAAGAGAGUUCUAAAGCCGGCUCUGUGACAUCCAGAGUCUCUGCUCAUCAGCCAGUUCCUACGCCAAGCACACCAUCACCUCGUGCUUCAGAAACCAUGCUAUCACUGGGUGACAAGGGCAAACACGCGGCAAAUUAG